CCAAGGAAAGAAGCGACAGGCAGGAUGGCUGAAAUUAAGCCUCGCCCCACUCGCCCCAGUUUCUUCCUUCGUGUUUGCUGGAGCACUCCGUAGAAACUGGGCUAAGACAAUAACAACUGUCGGUUACAGGCCAUUACAGAUCUGGCGCGCUUUGUCUGUGGGCACGUUUAAAUUCCAAGAGCUUCGGCGAAGAAGUCACCUUCGACCGAGUGUUUGUGGCUGAAAUUCGUAGAAAAUGGCCGUAAUUUUGGAGACAUUGAGGCUUCGACAUCUUUUAGCAUUUGCGCUUCUCUUAGUGGGAAUUCUGGCGACCUUUUUCGCUGUUGGAGGGAAAAUCGCUCCUGCGCCUACAAGUGCUGUUUCUCAUAUAGCGACUAUUUGUGUAGGAAAAAUUGGGAAAUUUGAUUCCUUUUAUGAUCCAAGACAUUGCGACAGGCUCAAUAGUAUCAAAGAAGCUGAAGAUGAUCCACGACGUAUCAAACCUGACCAGAUUGUAUUUGCAAUCAGGUUUCCCUUUCCUGGCCAGUUGAUGUCUCGCUGGUUUCAGUUUGUAGCAACGUCAAUAAGGCUGGAUAUCGAGUACAGGCCAGAAUACAGAUAUGAUGAUAGUCAAGGCAAAAUAGCACCAACACUAACUUUUGAGGCUCACCUGGGUUACCUGUCGAAUAACAGCUCUGGUACAGGUCAGUGGGAACUCCUGGCAGAGGCUACAGAAAACAGGUCUCUUGUCUGCAACUUCACAAAAUCAAAGACUGGAGGUGAUGAUGGCUUCUAUGAUUGUGAAGAGAUCCCAUUCUUUGAGAUAGGAGCUGUCCAUUACGAUGAAUACUUAGUCAAUAUAAAACUGCCUUAUGCUCGUCAUUCAAAUGACAAGAUUGGACUUGUCUCUGAAAUCAACUUUGUGGAAAUUCACCAAAAUGGAGGAUUUACCAAAGUCUGGUUCACAGUGAAGAGUAUUGUUGGACCAAUUACAAUUCUUAUACUUGUCUGGUUUGCAAAAAGACUUAAAGAAAUGAGGAGAGAUCCAGUUCUUCUUGAAAAGGCACUGUUUUGUUUAGGGGCUGUGACAGCAUUUAUGAACUUUCCUUUUGAGUGGUUUACUCUGUGGAUAAACAUGCCCUUCAUGUUACUGUUCAGCGACAUUCGUCAGGGUUUGUUCUAUGGAAUGUUGAUGAGCUUUUGGAUCAUUUUUACUGGCGAGCAUUUAGCGGACCAGCCAGAAAGAAACAGACUUAAGACUUACCGGCGACAGAUUGGUGCAAUUGGAUUUGGUUGUGUGUCAUUACUUGUGUUUGAUUUGUGUGAAAGAGGCUAUCAACUGCACAAUCCGUUUUACACGAUUUGGGCAACCAAAGUGGGACGAAACGUGGCUUACGCCUUUAUUAUUUUCGCCGCUGUUUGUGCCUGUGUUUACUUCUUGUUCCUCUGUUAUAUGGUAUUUAAAGUGUUCUGGAUCAUUCGUGGCAAAAGGGCUGCGAUUCCGACAAUGUCACGUGCAAGGCAGCUACAGUAUCAGGGGUUGAUCUACCGUUUUGAGUUCCUGAUGGUUGUGACUGUCCUGUGCGCUGGGCUCACUGUGGUUUUCUUCAUAAUUAACAACGUGAACGAAGCUCAGUGGAAAUUUGGAGAAGAAGAAUCCACGGUCGAACUUUCAAGUGCACUGUUCACUGGAAUUUAUGGCAUGUGGAAAACGUACGUAUUUGCACUGGUCUUCCUCUAUGCGCCAUCGCGUGGAACCCCAGCCACAGAUAAUGCAGAAGAGGAAAAUGAGAGGCUGGAGUUAAGAAGUCGCACCGAGGUUCGUUUGACGGAAGGCGAGACAGCCCAAGAAUCUGUAAUUUACCAAUUCACCGGUAAAACUGCCCAAGAAUAACGGAGUUGAAGUAAAAUGAAAGGAUAAUACGAUGAAACAUCAGCUUUUUCGGUCUUCCUUCAAGGUUUUUUGUCAGACAAAAAUGUUUAGUUUCGAGGCUAUGUUUUGCUACCAUUGACACGACUGACUCACGACUGAUAGCAGAUCUGUUUUGGAGGAAGCAGGUCGCGCAUGCGCAGUCUCCAUAAUUGCUGUAUGUUGUGAUAAGGAAUAUCACCUUGAUUUGUGGUGGGGGGGAGAAAUUCGAGUGUAUUAUUUAUCGUGUUGUGUAGGCCUUUGUUAAAGAGUAUCUAAAGAUGGCUUAGACUACUUCUCGAGUUAAAUGUGUAGCAGCUAUUUAUUAUACUGUAAACUAGCAUUUCGGUGCUGUAGUUUCAAAUGGAUUUGUUUACAGGCGAUGGCGAAGUUCUUCAAAUUGACUUCAUCGAAAUGAACCGCUUGCAUCAGGGGACUGCAACUUCGUUCCUAGGGUCCUUUCGCGCGGAAAGAAGAGAGGACCCUGUGGACGAGGCAGCGCGUGACAGUUUAAGGCUUAAAGUGUAUGCAGAGAACAGAGCUUGUACAAAUAGCUUAGAGCAAUAAAAAGGCCACAGUUAUGAACGAA